GUGAAAUGUGACUCAUUUCCUGCAACAAAGCCAUAUUCAAUUACCAUGGCUAAGAUAAGUCCAGCCCACAAGCCAUCCAAGCAAAACGCUGCUGUGGGGCUAAAACCACCUCUGAAGCAUUCUGCUCUUAAAGCUGGACAGACCAGAGACUGAGCAUCAUGACAAGCAGAUUUUCUGCUUGUGUGCUGGCUUUGCUGCACUUCUGUCUUUCCUCUGACUCAUACGGACCACAGACAUUGCCUGAUGUUGGAGAUGCAGAGUUUAUUAAGGAAUGUGUGCAAACCCAUAACAGAUUCCGGUCCGGCGUGAAUCCAUCGGCCAGCAACAUGCUCUACAUGAGUUGGGAUCCAGAUUUGGCAAAGACUGCAAAAGCUUGGGCAAAGAAGUGCCUGUUUGAACAUAAUACGCACCUGAAAGAGCCAGGGCAGGCUCACCCCAAGUUUAGCCCCGUUGGAGAAAACCUCUGGACUGGCUCACUUUCUAUUUUUACUGUGCAAGGAGCCAUCACCUCUUGGUACAACGAGGUCAGUGCCUACACUUAUGCCACCAAUAAAUGCAGAGGAGCAUGCGGCCACUAUACACAGAUUGUUUGGGCUACAAGCUACAAGGUUGGCUGUGCUGUCCACUUCUGUCCCAGGGUGGCAUACUCCUCCAUAACCAACGCAGCACACUUCAUCUGCAACUACGGGCCAGCUGGGAAUUACCCAGUGCGCCCAUACAAGACAGGAGCAGCAUGCAGUGACUGCAAUGGCGAGCAGUGCAUUAACCAGCUGUGUCGAAAUGCAGAGCGUGACAAAGUCAUUAGUGAUUCCAAGUGGUAUCCAGAGUGGGACAGAUCUCCAUGUGAUGAGUACUGUAUCAUCAUUAUUGCUUUAAGGCCAUUACUCCUUAUACUGACAAUUCUGGCCACCUGGCUCCUACCAAAAUACUGGUCUGUAAUACCUGCCAGUGAGUGACACAGGCAGAAGGCGACAAGAGUACUUGGGUCAACUCAUCCCUUCCAUGCACAUAAGUUACCAGCAGCACAAAGAUUGAUAGAGACAUUGUUUGCCUCCAAAGGUGAUUCAGAGGUACAGAAUUAGCACCUUUGCUGCAGGCAGCAGCUGGGAGAGCUGAUAAGCAGCUUUCUCACUGUUCAGAGCCAGUAACUGGUUUUAAAUCACUCAUGUAUUUAGUGGAGUGGUGUGAACAGGACCCGGUGGGUGGGGGAGCACACUGCCCAGGCAGCACACUGAGGCACAGGCAGGUGUCCAACACGCUCUCUUAGAGACGGCUGGAGGGUGCCCAGGCCAGGAGCCUGGCCCCAGGCAGAACUCUCCCCUCUCUCAUUCCUCUUGUCCUCUUUUCUUGGAUGUUCCUCCAGCAAGAUGCAGAGCAGCCUGGAAAGGUUUUUAUUUAUACUUAUUUUUAAGGACUUUUUGGACCUUUGGGAGCUCUGGCAUUUGCAUCCUGGAGCAGGCAAUGUAUUUCCCAUUUGCCCUGCACUGGGGCCACUGAAUUAUCUUUGCUUAGGAUUUGGUUUUAAACACGUCAUCUGUGCCAAGAUACAGUUUCACCUGUGUUUACAUAUGAUUAGAUAUC